CUGUGCGAGGUGCGAGUGCUCGGGAGGAUCAGUAGCUCGCCUCACCUGAAAUCAAGGUUCUUUGCCCUGAGCGCUUUGCUCUUCGCGUCGAUCCGUGCCCUGUCCAGGGACGCCAAACGCUCCCCCGACCCGAGCACCCCGACGACCAUGUUGCCCAGGUCGCAAAGACGGUAGUUUUUAAUUGGAAAAAUUCCUGGAGGCAUGGGAACAGUGAAUGGACGAAUGCCCGACUCAGAGAACCUUUCGCACUCCUCAUCGGCGUCGCCAGCAGCGAGCACCUGCACCGAGUCCGCCAGCGUGAUCGCCUCCAACCUGAGCUCCCUGUCGCCCCUGAGCACCAGGAAAAACGUCUCCUUUCAUGAGCUGUCGUCCCGCUCCUCGGCCUCAAUGACAGGCGGCGCGACGUGCUCGUCGUCGUCGCCCGAUCUGCCGCGCCACUCGCGACCUCCGCCGCCACCCCGAGCGCCCACCUUCGUCACCCCAUGUCCACUGACCCGCUCCUCGCCCUACCCUCGACUGCCGCCCAACGAAUACGCCUCGAUCAGCGACUUCCCCCGCCAGUUCUACCCGUACCCGUCGCACCCGCACUCGUCCUACCGGCUGGAGGCAGAGCCGCCGCCGCCCCCGACCCCCGAGUACCACGGCUACCGCACCACCUACCUGCCCCUGCGAACGGGCUCUCCUGGCGCCGACCAGGGCUACCACACGCUCGUAGCGCCCAGUCCGCAGGCCUCGUGGGGCGCCCCGUACUCCGAGUCGCCCUUCGACCUCGUCCCGGACGAUGUCCUGGUGCGAAUUUUCUCACACUUGACGACCAAAGAGCUCUGCAGUUGUGCCAGAGUCUGCAGAAGAUGGCACAACUUGGCGUGGGAGCCGAGACUGUGGAGGUCAGUCGCCGUGUCCGGCGGCGACAGGCCUUUGAGGGGACUGCUCAAGAGACUGGCCGGAGAAAACUCGGUUUGCGAUGCCGUCGAGAGAGUUGCUCUUUCUGGGCCAGGCCUCUCCGACAAGUCGCUCCUGUUGCUGGGUAGAAAGUGUCCGAACCUGUCCCACCUCAGAAUCGUCGGCGGCUCGGGAAUGAUCAGCAUUUCCAAUGCGGGGGUCGUCGAACUUGUGACCAGGUGUCCCAAGCUCCUCCACCUUGAUUUGGCCGGCUGCAGCAGCGUGACCUGCAUGAGUGUUGAGGCGCCUGCAAGACACUUGUCCAUUCAGUACCUCGACCUGACCGACUGUGUGGGACUCAGCGACCAGGGUCUGCACACAGUUGUCCAGGCCUGCCCAGCACUCAACUUUCUGUACCUAAGACGAUGUGUGAUGAUAUCGGAUGCUGGAAUUAAGUAUAUUCCCAGUUACUGCACCCAGCUGAGAGAAUUGAGCGUCUCCGACUGCACUCAAGUGACUGACUUCGGUGUCUACGAGGUGGCCAAGCUGGGCGCCAGUCUUCGGUACCUCUCUGUGGCCAAGUGCGACCAAGUCUCGGAUGCUGGCAUCAAACAAGUAGCGCGGUACUGCCACAGAUUAAGGUAUCUAAACAGUCGAGGGUGCGAAGCCGUUGGUGACGACAGUGUAGCCGCCCUGGCUCGUUCUUGCCCUAGGUUGAGAGCACUUGACUUAGGUAAAUGUGACGUCACGGAUCACUCGCUGAGACUUUUAGCGCGAUCUUGCCCGAAUUUGAAGAAGCUGAGUGUGAAGAGCUGCGAGCUGGUUUCCGACGAGGGCAUUCGGCAAAUCGCCUUCUACUGCCGCGGUCUUCAGCAGUUGAACAUUCAGGACUGUGCUGGUGUGUCUCUCGAAGGGUACAGAGCGGUCAAGAAGUACUGCCGGCGCUGCGUCAUCGAGCACACAAACCCAGGAUUUUGCUGACAUUGAACUCUGUGGUGCAUGCAAUCUGUGAUGGUCACUCGACCAUCGCUUGUGAUAAUUCCCAAGUGCCUUUUUAUCGGGCAGACGAUGAGCUGCUUUAAUAUAUUUUUACUGCGGAUCUUGCCUAGUUUUAAACUACGAACAAUGCAAAGAUUUAACUGAUGUAUAUGGUAUUUGUAACAAACAAAAAACAGUAUUUGUUCAAAAAAUUAUUAGUUCAUAUUAAAUUAACAUCAAUUUAUGACAGAAACACAACAACAACAUUU